AGAGGAGCAGAUCUGUGACUGGCUCAGGUCAGGAGUGGUGGAUCACUUGCCGAUAGGCGAGGAGACCUUCAUGUAUUACGCCGGCUCUCCGGCAGACCAUUACGCAUCGGACAUGGUGACAGACAUGGGCGUCUACCAGGCGCUGUCCUCCCCGUUCUCAGAGGACGACCUGAGUGACUCGUCCAGCCCUUGCUCCUGCUCCAGCCCUGAGUCCCAGGUGCUGGGUUCCAGCUACGGCAGCAGCAGCAGCAGUGGAGAGAGCCAGGAUGGUCUCCUGGACUUCCUGCUCUCCCAGGCCACACUGAGAAGUGGAGUUUCUCCCUCUCUAUCCCCCUCAGUACCACCCAUCCUCCCCAUGGGUCUAGCAUGGGAGUCAAAGAGGGACCGCCUGUCUCCGCCAACCAAAGAGGAGUGCUUUGAGUUCCCUGAGUUCCCAGCGGACCUGGAUGAUCACAUAGGGCUGCUGUUUCAGCCCACCCUGGAGGAGAUAGAGGAGUUCCUGGAGGAGAAUAUGGAGGUGGUGGCGUUGAAGAAUGAGGCUUGUGAGGGAGGGAUGUUGGAUGUAAACAGUCAGGUGACAGGGUCAGAGCCUGGGCUAGCACACUCAGACCAAACAGUACCUGUUGCCAGUGCUACUCUCCCUACCACAGAGACCAAACACACACCAACAUCCCCAAUAAUAGACUCCAACUUUUGUAGUGGGAUUAAACAGGAGGACACUGCUGGUACACCAGCAUCAGUAGAGGGGUCCGGUGUGCCGCCUGUCAUCCUGCAAAUUCAACCAAUCCAAAUUAAGCAAGAGCCAAUCCCAAGUGCGAUACCAACACCAGUACCACAGCAGACCUCCCAGCCCUCCUCAGACAUCAAAAUCGCCCAGCUCCUGGUCAACAUCCAGGGCCAGACUUUUGCCCUGGUGCCCCAGCUGGUGUCUCCAGCUAAUCUCAAUGGCACAUCUUCUAAAUUUGUGCGUAUCGCGCCUGUACCCAUAGCCUCCAAACCCCUGGGUCCCGGGGAGGGUGGGCUUGCAGGUGGCCAGGCUGCAGGGAUCCUGGUGGGAGGACAGAAGUUCCAGAAGAGCUCGGUAGCGGACCUUAUAAAAAUGCAUAAGUGCACUUUCCCUGGAUGUGCCAAGAUGUACACCAAGAGCAGCCACCUGAAGGCCCACCUGAGGAGGCACACGGGGGAGAAGCCCUUUGCCUGCACCUGGCCUGGCUGUGGAUGGAGGUGAGUGGGUUCAAGCACGUUAUAGGUUGGGUUAGAGUCUUACUUCACAGGUGGAGCUCAUAGGUAUACUCAGUGUGUGGUUAUUCAUGUGACUAUAUGCACUGUAUGUUAAAAGUGAAGUCCAGGAGUGACAGUUAGUGCAACAGGGUUGAUGUUCAGCUGUUAGUUGUGAUGGUCCAUCCAGGUAUGACAGUUUAGGGACACCAGUCCAUGUUUUAGUUGCAGAUGCAACAUAGUAUGCAACUAUCUCUGUUGACUGUGGUUGUAUUAUCUGAGAUUCAUCAAUUCUUCACAGAGGUUAACAGGGUUAUCAACUUCCUUCGCUUGCUGAUUACCAGGGAGUGAUAUGAUUCCUUUCAAAGUCAAUCCCUCCAGCUGUUUUGCAAAACACAGAGCUGAAUUUUACGAGAAAACAUAAUUAAUUUUCCAAAUUGUACGUCAGCUCGAUUGGAUAUGAUGAACUAAAAUGAUUUGUUUCCCUUGUAUAAAAUCCAUAUAUAAUUUGUUAUCUUCUCAUGCUCUCUCGUUGUCUCCAUAUCGCUGUGUUUUCUUCUAUUGCAGAGUUUGAGAUUAGAUUAAGGCCUUUGAAGUGCGGGCAGACUUUGCCCCCUCUACUGUAGCUGUCUCUCUGUUUGCUCUCCGUUUGCACUCUGUUACACACUUGCAGAAUGAAGUUAAAAGUUUUGGUAGCAAGCAGCACUUUGCUUUGACUGACUUUCUGUCAUACUAAUUAGAUUAUAAUCCAUGACCUAAUACUGGGCCAAAGGAGUUUUAAACAUAUUUCUUUGUUUCCACUCACUCAGCAAGCAUAAAGCAUGCAUUUGUCCCAUAUUAUUUGUGGGUUAGUGUUUUUUUGUCAUGAAUCUUGUUCUGGGGGCAGCUCUGCAGAGUGGUCACUAUCUGGCACAGCCACAAAGUCAUAAAAUGAGAUUUUAACCCUAACCUUAACCCUAACCUUAACCACCCUGCUAACCCUUAUGCCUAACCCUAAAUUAAGACCAAAACGCUAAUUUUAGUUUUCAUGAAUUUUUACAAUAUAGACAAUUUUGACUUUGCAGCUGGCCUAACUAAGAGGGAAUCGCUCAGGUCUGCCUCCAGGACAAGACUCAUGACAAUAAACGUCAACCUGCAUAUCAUUCAUUCACCAGCCAGAUAUGUAGUCCCACAAAUAGGAAAUCCAACAUCCAGUUAAUUCUUCAACAACCAAAGUUCAACCUAUUGUAUGAACUAUGAACUUGCAGCCCUUUGGUCUCAAAUCCGUCUCCCUAACCUCUUCACCCGACAGUUGCACAGCUAAACGCUAGACAUAGAAAGCUCAGUGUAAACGAGGGAAUAGCUGGAGAGAAGGUCUCCAGUCUGAUAAGAUUGGCAGUGCUCAGCAGUCUGAUAAGAUUGGCAGUGCUCAGCAGUCCUGUGGUAUCCACCCACCUCCCCCAGGGCACAGUGUGGCCUUCAGAGACUGCUCUCUGUCUGAGGGAGCCCUCCUCCUCCUUCCCUCGUCCUGGUCAGGAAAUGGAAGUGAGCUUGGGAAAUAUGCACCUCCAGCCAUCUGCAAAUUGAGUGCCUUGUGUUGUAAUGAAAGAUAGUGUUUUUGGCAUUCCUCUGAUUCUCUUCAUGUCCAUAAAACCAAAUGACAAAUAUACUAUACAGCUGUGAUUCCUCUUGCAUUUCAUCACACACACAAUAUAUAUUGUACAUGCAUGCAGGCAAGCGUAGAUCGGCACAAACACAUUUAAGUUGGUGCACUCACACUUUCACGUCUGUACAGACUUGCAGGGGAACAUUGAUAUGGGGUUACUAGUGGACAGUAGGUUUGAACCCAAACCGUUUAUUGUGAAAACACCAUGACGCUCUAAAAUAAGGGUUUGUCUUGUUUUUGUACCCGGUUCAACUUACAGUAAAAAAUAUAUAAAAAAUAUAUAUGAUUAUAUUAUUCCUUAGUGUCCAUUCUUCAAAUUUGGAACUAAAGCGCUUUGUGGUUGCUGCAUGCGGGAUUAUGUAAUUUCAAGUCCCCACCUUUUGGCCUUUGCCAGCUCUUAUCAGUAAUUACUGUAUGCUACGGGGCUGAGAUCAGGGACAAGCUCGAACAGAGCCAGAGUGUAGCCUAACUGAGCUGUGGAGGUGAUGGGAAUCAUGGCUCCCCUCCCAAUGCCUGGGCGUCCCACCCUGCCCCACAGGGGCUCCACAAACAGCCUUACUCAGGAUCUCAUAAACCCAACCUCCAUCACCUCUAAACCACUGCUUAUAUAACAAAGUUUCAUAUAGCAGAUAUAUAAAAUGCCUUACAGUUUCCUACAGUGAAACACUUCAUAUCAACAUCCAGGAAGAGAUAGUAGUGUAUCGGGUCCCUUUGUGGCCCCUUCAGUUACACUGUAAGACUUAUUGGCUUAGAGGACAAGGUGAGGCUGAGUUUCGGUCAGAGACAACUAAAUGAACUGUCUCCAUCAUGUCUCAACAUGAUGGAGUUAUAGAACAAUAUCAGCUUUGGGGUAUAGAGGGUACUGACGCAUAACGUAUAGUACAUAAGUAAUAUAAUAGUAUUACAAUGAGGUUUCCUAAUGUCAGAGUAAGAAAAAUGUACCUCACGGUCUUCAUGCAGAUAAUAUCCCCAGAACCACUUAUCUAGUUUACAUGCAGUAGCACAUUUGUUUUAAAAUUACUUCUGCCCAUAUAGGCUAAUGUAGCCUAGUCAUACGUAACCAUUUUACUACCAUGUUAUAUACGGUAUGUGUAGCACCUGCUAUUCCAUGUGUGUAUGCAGCCAUUUUACCACGUAUCUUGCAGGGAUCCUAUUAUUUAAUCUCAAUAGCACAGUUGCAGCAUGGUUCAUGAUCAAUGUCUAUGGAAAAGAUAUCUAGGAAUUACUUUAAAUUGCUUUAAUCAGUAUGUUACCAUUAGGAAUUAACACCUUCCUGGGAAAAGGGCCUGCUCGUGAUAUGUUAUGAAAUCAAUACCCUGUUCCAGACUAAACAGACUCAACGCCCCACGCACACACACACACACACACAGUCUGUCAGGAGUAAUGAGUUAACCCUUUAACGAGGGAUUAGAGUGACGACCAAAAACAGAUCUGUUUGACUUUCCUGUGAACAUGUGUUAAACCCAAAUAUGGGUAGAGCUAUAAUAUGGGUAGAACUCUUUUUUUGAAGAGUAUUGGAAAGAUCCUUUAUCCUGUGUUGUGUUCUGGUGUAGUCAGACAGAGAGAGGGGGCUUUUUUUAAAUCUCAGGGUGUUAUGGGAAACAGUGCCACUGAUAUACAGUUGAAGUUGGAAGUUUACAUACACUUAGGUUGGAGUCAUUAAAACUCGUUUUUUCAACCACUCCACUAUUUUCUUGUUAACAAACUAUAGUUUUGGCAAGCCGGUUAGGAAAUCUACUUUGUGCGUGACACAAGUAAUUUUUCCAACAAUUGUUUACAGACAGAUUAUUUCACUUAUAAUUCACUGUAUCACAAUUCCAGUGGGUCAGAAGUUUACAUACACUAAGUUGACUGUGCCUUUAAACAGCUUCCAGAAUUCCAGAAAAUGAUGUCAUGGCUUUAGAAGCUUCUGAUAGGCUAAUUGACAUCAUUUGAGUCAAUUGGAGGUGUACCUGUGGAUGUAUUUCAAGGCCUACCUUCAAUCUCAGUGCCUCUUUGCUUGACAUCAUGGGAAAAUCAAAAGAAAUCAGCCAAAACCUCCACAAGUCUGGUUCAUCCUUGGGAGUAAUUUCCAAACGCCUGAAGGUACCACGUUCAUCUGUACAAACAAUAGUACGCAAGUAUAAACACCAUGGGACCACGCAGCCGUCAUACCGCUCAGGAAGGAGAUGCGUUCUGUCUCCUAGAGAUCAACGUACUUUGGUGCGAAAAGUGCAAAUCAAUCCCAGAACAACAGGAAAGGACCUUAUGAAGAUGCUGGAGGAAACAGGUACAAAAGUAUCUAUAUCCACAGUAAAACGAGUCCUAUAUUGACAUAACCUGAAAGGCCGCUCAGCAAGGAAGAAGCCACUUCUCCCAAACCGCCAUUAAAAAGCCAGACUACGGUUUGCAACUGCUCAUGGGGACGAAUAUCUUACUUUUUGGAGAAAUGUUCUCUGGUCUGAUGAAACAAAAAUAGAACUGUUUGGCCAUAAUGACCACCGUUAUGUUUGGAGGAAAAAGGGGGUCUCUUGCAAGCCGAAGAACACCAUCACAACCGUGAAGCACGGGGUUGGCAGCAUGAUGCUGUGGGGGUGCUUUGCUGCAGGAGGGACUGAUGCACUUCACAAAAUAGAUGGCAUCAUGAGGAAGGAAAAUUAUGUGGAUAUAUUGAAGCAACAUCUCAAGACAUCAGUCAGGAAGUUAAAACUUGGUCGCAAAUGGGUCUUCCAAAUGGACAAUGACCCCAAGCAUACUUCCAAAGUUGUGGCAAAAUGGCUUAAGGACAACAAAGCCCUGACCUCAAUCCUAUAGAAUAUUUGUGGGCAGAACUGAAAAAGCGUUUGCGAGCAAGGAGUCCUACAAACCUGACUCAGUUACACCAGCUCUGUCAGGAGGAAUGGGCCAAAAUUCACCCAACUUAUUGUGGGAAGCUUGUGGAAGGCUACCCGACACGUUUGACCCAAGUAAAACAAUUUAAAGGCAAUGCUACCAAAUACUAAUUGAGUGUAUGUAAACUUCUGACCCACUGGGAAUGUGAUGAAAGACAUACAGUGGGGAAAAAAAGUAUUUAGUCAGCCACCAAUUGUGCAAGUUCUCCCACUUAAAAAGAUGAGAGAGGCCUGUAAUUGUCAUCAUAGGUACACGUCAACUAUGACAGACAAAUUGAGAAAAAAAAAUCCAGAAGAUCACAUUGUAGGAUUUUUUAUGAAUUUAUUUGCAAAUUAUGGUGGAAAAUAAGUAUUUGGUCACCUACAAAAAGAUUUCAGGCUCUCGCAGACCUGUAACGUCUUCGUUAAGAGGCUCCUCUGUCCUCCACUCGUUACCUGUAUUAAUGGCACCUGUUUGAACUUGUUAUCAGUAUAAAAGACACCUGUCCACAACCUCAAACAGUCACACUACAAACUCCACUAUGGCCAAGACCAAAGAGCUGUCAAAGGACACCAGAAACAAAAUUGUAGACCUGCACCAGGCUGGGAAGACUGAAUCUGCAAUAGUUAAGCAGCUUGGUUUGAAGAAAUCAACUGUGGGAGCAAUUAUUAGGAAAUGGAAGACAUACAAGACCACUGAUAAUCGCUCUCGAUCUGGGGCUCCACGCAAGAUCUCCCCCCGUGGGGUCAAAAUGAUCACAAGAACGGUGAGCAAAAAUCCCAGAACCACACGGGGGGACCUAGUGAAUGACCUGCAGAGAGCUGCGACCAAAGUAACAAAGCCUACCAUCAGUAACACACUACGCCGCCAGGGACUCAAAUCCUGCAGUGCCAGACAUGUCCCCCUGCUUAAGCCAGUACAUGUCCAGGCCCGUCUGAAGUUUGCUAGAGUGCAUUUGGAUGAUCCAGAAGAGGAUUGGGAGAAUGUCAUGUGGUCAGAUGAAACCAAAAUAUAACUUUUUGGUAAAAACUCAACUCGUCGUGUUUGGAGGACAAAGAAUGCUGAGUUGCAUCCAAAGAACACCAUACCUACUGUGAAGCAUGGGGGUGGAAACAUCAUGCUUUGGGGCUGUUUUUCUGCAAAGGGACCAGGACGACUGAUCCGUGUAAAGGAAAGAAUGAAUGGGGCCAUGUAUCGUGAGAUUUUGAGUGAAAACCUCCUUCCAUCAGCAAGGGCAUUGAAGAUGAAACGUGGCUGGGUCUUUCAGCAUGACAAUGAUCCCAAACACACCGCCCGGGCAACGAAGGAGUGGCUUCGUAAGAAGCAUUUCAAGGUCCUGGAGUGGCCUAGCCAGUCUCCAGAUCUCAACCCCAUAGAACAUCUUUGGAGGGAGUUGAAAGUCUGUGUUGCCCAGCGACAGCCCCAAAACAUCACUGCUCUAGAGGAGAUCUGCAUGGAGGAAUGGGCCAAAAUACCAGCAACAGUGUGUGGAAACCUUGUGAAGACUUACAGAAAACAUUUGACCUGUGUCAUUGCCAACAAAGGGUAUAUAACAAAGUAUUGAGAAACUUUUGUUAUUGACCAAAUACUUAUUUUCCACCAUAUUUUGCAAAUAAAUUCAUUAAAAAUCCUACAAUGUGAUUUUUCUCAUUUUGUCUGUCAUAGUUGACGUGUACCUAUGAUGAAAAUUACAGGCCUCUCUCAUCUUUGUAAGUGGGAGAACUUGCACAAUUGGUGGCUGACUAAAUACUUUUUUUCCCCACUGUAAAAGCUGAAAUAAAUCAUUCUCUCUACUAUUAUUCUGACAUUUCACAUUCUUAAAAUAAAGUGUUGAUCAUAACUGUUCCAAGACAGGGAAUUUUUACUAGGAUUAAAUGUCAGGAGUUGUGAAAAACUGAGUUUAAAUGUAUUUGGCUAUGGUGUAUGUAAACUUCCGACUUCAACUGUAGGUCUCAUGUCUUUUGUGCUCUGGGUCUGUCUGUCUCUCAGGUUCUCGAGGUCAGACGAACUCUCCAGACACCGGCGCUCCCAUUCUGGAGUGAAGCCUUACCAGUGUCCUGUCUGCGAGAAGAAGUUUGCCCGCAGUGAUCACCUGUCCAAACACAUCAAAGUCCACCGCUUUCCACGAAGCAGCAGGACAGUGCGCUCCGCAAAC